CUCAUAAUGGCCUCGGACGACGGAAUUGGUCCUCGAAAGAGGCGCAAGAUUAGUUCACCAGGGACCAUACCUUAUGUGUUACACUCACUCUUCGAGGAUGUGCCGUUAUCGACCGAGCACAGCUCCGACGUCUACAUCACAUGUGUCGAGUACUGGAAUGAAAACCUCUAUAUCGGCACCUCUGCAGCCGAGAUCUUACACUUUGUAUGCCUUCCGCCAGCUUCUCCAGAGGACGCCGCCGAGCCUACCUUUAUUCUAGCAUCCCGAUUACCGAUCCUAUUUGCCCAGAAGCCCCCAGAGAACAGUGGCCAAGAAGGCGUUCGCCAAAUAGUUAUCUUAUCCUCAGUGAACAAAGCAUGUAUCCUCUGCAAUGGGACUGUUACGUUCUAUAUGUUGCCAGAGCUCAGCCCAGCUUUUGGAAAUACUAAGGUCAAUAACUGCCGCUGGAUUGGUGGAUUGGAUCUCAACUGGGAUCCGGAAUCAGGGGAGAAUCCAACUGUCAUGAUUGCCGUACAGAACAGGAUUAUGCUUGUCCAGAUUGGGGAUGAGGCGCGACGUAUCAAGAAGAUCGAGUUUCCCGGUUGCUUGACUGCAGCACGGCGAGGAACGAUUGCCUGUGCUGCAGAUACGCAUUCAUACUCAUUGCUUGAGGUUGCCCACCAGCAAAAGAUCCCCCUUUUCCCCAUAUCCUCUUCGAAUGAAGUAUUUGAAUCAGGCCAUGUGGAGGAUAUGAACCCAGCACCACGGACUCCGCUCAAACGUUCGCCCUCUUCCUCCUACCCAACCUCACCACCGAGUAAUACUUCUGGACAUGGUAGAAGUACCAGCCUGAAUACCUUAGUGGGAAUGCUCUCGCCGCAGGCACAAGCGGCUCAGCUGGAUAGAUCGCCGUCGGGAACGCCUGAUCCUUUCACAUCUAACGGGGAAGCUCGAAGAUCAAGCUCAGAGGAGCGAGAGGGCAAGAAUUCCCCCAAACCUACCGAUGACAAAGAUUCAGCCAACCAGUCUCCCGCCAGUGAUAGCCUGAAGCCCUUACCACCCCUACCUCCGCCGAUAAAGCAAGCCUCGAAGCGUCUUCAGCCUCAUGUGGUAUCGCCUACGCCUACUGAGUUUCUACUUGUGACUGGAACCGAGGCAACAGAACCGGGUGUCGGGAUGUUCGUCGACAUGGAUGGCGAAGUUGUUCGAGGCACGCUUAACUUCCAUAGAUUUCCGAAGUCGGUCGUGAUUGAUAACGACCAUAAUGACCAAGUCUUUCAGACUAGUGGCGCUGCUAAGGAAGAAUUCGUUCUCGCUGUAAUCGAAGACGAAGAGGACGGAAAGACCCGAGCGAGACUAGAGAUUCAACGUUGGGACGACGACCCCGGGGAGACUGAGCGAACUAAGAGAUGGUUAGAGAUACCCACUCCUGGGGAGCUACAAUCUGCUCAAGUUGGUCUUCGACACACACUAAGCCCUAGCCAUCUCGAGCUUAGUGAAGUCGGGCGGCUCUUGCGAAUGGUCCGCCUUAAAAACCCCACGCUACCCCCACAUGUCUUGGUAGCAGACUCAAGAACGCAGGCAUCUAUCGAGCAUCUUCAAAAGGAGAAGGAGCUGUUUGAUUCGCAAGAAUCGACAGACUCAGAUGGCUACAAGAAGAGCGGCGGCCCAUCAAUCCAGGGCUGGGAGGCUCAACGCGAUGCGGAAGAAGCAAAUUUUGCACAUGGACUGGGCAAGACCCAAAGCAGUCUUGUAAUGUGGUCUGGAUCUCGAAUAUGGCGCGUGUUACAGAAUCCUUUGAUCAUCCAGCUGGAGGACACCCUGCAGAGAGCCCAGGAGACGAAUGACAGUGAGCACACAGUGCUGCGCAGGGAUGUCAUCCUGGACCUGCUACUCUCAGUCCAAGACACCGAGCCAAAGACAGAGGCCGAGUUCAUUGGGCUAAGCUAUGUGAAACAAAAGGCGAGCCUGAUGCUCUAUGGUGACCUUCUUUCCAUGCAGCCAGAUGACUGCAGCGAGGCAGCAGUUGAUGGCACCGAAAAAGCCCUAUUGGCAGGUAACCUCGACCCUCGUUUGGUCUUGCUAUUUAUUCCAUUGUUGCGAUGUGAGGUAUUACAGGGCCCCCAGGGGAUAUGGAUACACGCUGGGUUGGCAACCAUGGCAGAAGAAUAUAUCCAGCAAGUUGGGGAGAUAGGCGUCAGCAUCUCUGGAUUUGAUGCCUCGCGCAACUCUGUUCUCAACAUGGUAAAACGGUUCCUUCUUUCCUGGCAGCAGAAGCGCGGAUAUGGUAGUAUCACCGAUGAGACAGAAGUGUUGGAUAGCACUGAUGCUGCACUGUUGCAUCUGACCUUGGAGCAAGAUGCUUAUCUGACACGAGACCAGCGGGCGGCAUCUCCAAUCCGGUCCGAGCUGAACAGGCUGGUCGAUAACUGGAAAGGCAAUUUCGACCGCGCAGUAAUGCUUCUGGAAACAUAUAAGCGGCUUUAUGUACUGAGCCGUCUGUAUCAAAGCCAAAAGAUGUCUCGAAAUGUGCUCAAAACCUGGCGACGAAUCGUCGACGGGGAAACCGACGCUGGCGGUGAGGUUUCCGCGAACGGCGUGGAGACGCAGAUGCGCAGAUACCUGGUCAAGAUAAAGGACGUGCAGCUGGUGGAAGAGUAUGGCUCUUGGCUGGCUGGACGAAACCCCAACCUUGGCAUCCAGGUGUUCGCAGACAAUGCCAGCCGGGUCAGACUGGAACCGGCGGAUGUUGUUACUCUCCUUAAGGAACGAGCACCUAAUGCCGUCCAGGUUUACCUAGAGCACCUGGUAUUUGCCAAGAACUACACGCAAUAUGCCGAUGACCUGAUCUCAUACUAUUUAGACACGGUACUUUCCGUGCUCGAGACAUCACCCGAGGCACGAGCUUCUUUGGCCGAAUCCUAUUCAACUUAUCGAGCCCUGCAGGCCCCGAAACCAACAUAUCUCAACUUCAUAACUGAAAACACACCCGCAGAGCCCUGGUGGCAAUCCCGACUUCGAUUACUUCAGCUGUUAGGUGGAAUCUCCAGCUCUCAAUUCUCUUCACAGCCCCUUCCAACGGGAAUCAGCUACUCAAUCCCCAAUGUGCUGGCCCGCAUCGAGCCAUUCCAAAACGAGCUAGUGUCAGAGUGUAUCAUCCUUGAUGGGCUACAGGGCCACCAUGGCCCAGCUCUCCACCUUCUCACACACGGUCUAGGCGACUACGACUCGGCGAUUCGCUACUGCCUGUUUGGCGGCCCACGCAGCUCUUCCUCUUCAACAGGCAACCCACCGGAACUAGCAGACUACGACCUACAGAAAACACUAUUCCGCCACCUGCUUGACGAGUUUCUGCAAAUCCAGGACCUGUCGGACCGCAUCGAGCGGACAGGCGACCUCCUCGCGCGCUUCGGGGCCUGGUUCGAUGUCCGCGAAGUGCUCGAUCUUAUUCCAGAGGAUUGGAGCGUUGAUAUUCUUGGAGGCUUCUUUGUGCAUGUUUUCCGCACGCUGGUGUCUCAAACUCGCGAGACCCGCAUUGAGCGUGCUCUGAGUGCGGGAUUGAAUUUGCGCGUUGGUGCCGAGUACAUCGAUAGCAUGGAGAAGGCUGGACCUUGGCUCGAGGAGGCAGAAGGCGUGAAAAGGCUCAAAGAUACAGAGCGCCUGGGAUCUUUGCCACAGACUGAUGACCCUCGUGAUGAUGCUUCUAAUGACUCUACUGAAUUUGGAGAUACGGUGGGGCCUACAUCUGGGGAAGUGGGCCAGUAG